UUGCUUCUUUCUUAAAUCCCACCUCGAUAUCACAGCCCUCCUCGUCUUCGUCUUGCUCUUACCUUCCUUCCUAAUUAUUCCUCCUCUGCUCCUCUUCAGAUCCUUUUGGGGUCUCCAACUUCUUUGUCUAAAUUUCUUCGCCGACCUCCCAUGUCUAUGGACGAAAGCUUAGAGUUGCCUCCAGGGUUCCGGUUCCACCCUACCGACGAAGAGAUUAUCACACACUACCUCACCCCUAAAGUUGUGAAUCAUGGCGCCUUCACUGCAAGAGCUAUUGGCGAGGUGGAUCUCAACAAGUGCGAGCCUUGGGAUCUUCCAAGUAAGGCGAAGCUGGGCGAGAAAGAAUGGUAUUUUUUCUGUCAAAGGGAUAGAAAGUAUCCAACGGGGAUGAGGACGAACAGGGCGACGGAGUCCGGCUACUGGAAGGCGACCGGAAAAGAUAGGGAGAUCUAUAGGGGGCGACUGUUGAUUGGAAUGAAGAAAACUCUGGUUUUUUACAGAGGAAGAGCUCCUAAAGGGGUUAAGACCAACUGGGUCAUGCACGAGUUCAGGCUUGAAGGAAAAUCAUCCUUGUCUAACCUCCCCAGGUCUGCAAAGGAUGAAUGGGUUGUUUCCAGGGUGUUUCACAAGAACAGUCCAGCUCUAAAGAAAAUUCCAAUGCCUGGUGUCGUCGUCUCCAACCUGGCCAGAAUGAACUCCUUCACCGACGAACUAAUGGACUCCCCCAAGCUUCCUCCUUUAACGGACUCACCCUACUUCAACUCCGGCGCCAUCGACGUAGAUAGCUUCGACGUCAAAUCAUUCAUGGAGAGCUCAGCUCCACUGAAUAACUACUACUUCUCCUCCAUGAACAACCUUCCAUAUUCAUCCAACCCUCCCCCAUGCUCCAGCUACCAGCAACAAUUCCCAUACUCCACAGCGAUGCAGGGACAUCAAUAUUGCAAGGCCGAGCAGUUCUCGAACCAGUCGAUGAUCAGCCAGGACACCGGCGACCGAAACACGGAGACCUCCUCGGUGAUUUCCAAAAUUGACAUGGCGAGUUGCGCUUCCUAUGGCGGCGGCGGCGUAAUCGACCUCGCGAAUUUGUGGAGGUGCUAAUUAAAAGAUAACUAGAUAGGAUCGAAGAUUGGUUCAAAACUCAAAAGUGUGUGCUUAAUUAGUUUGAUUUGUUUGGAUUAGUAACUGUUUAUUAGUUUGUUAUUGGAGGGAUAAGCGGCUUUGUGUUGAGGAGCUCGAAUCAAGAAAUACACUGUACAUAUAAAGAAAGAAGAAUUUCGAUUUUUCUAAUUGAUUGUUGUUGGAUUUAUCGUCA